AUGUCGGAUACUCCGCGGCCAACUCUCAAGCUCAAAUUUGGGAAGAAGCCCAGCGAACCCCCGGCCCAACCGACACCUCCCCCAGCUGAACCUUCACAACCUAAACUUACGUUGAAAAUCGGCAAGCCUAAAACGCAGGCGCAGCCAAAAGCUCCAGCAACCGAGGAAAAGCCCAAAAAGAAGAAGACCACGACAAAGAAGCGACCUGCCGAUAAUGCUACACAACCAGAACCUGUCCAGGACCAACAAGGCCCCAAACGCCUGAAGCUAAGCCACAAGAAACCCGGACUACAAUCAAUCAGAAUCAAAAAUCGAGGCGUGGUCGCUCAUCGACCAGUCGGUGUAGGCUAUGACUCUGAAGCCUCUGAUACGGAAGCUGACCCAGCGAUCGAAGAACAAUUUAUCUUGCGCAUGCUACCGGGCGAGGAUUGCGAAUAUCUUCGCCAAGCGAUCAACGAACGAAAACUUGGGAGUGAGUUUGCCUUUAAGCCCUUGAAUCGAGAAGGACGACGUGCGGUUAUGACGAUACGCGAUAAGAUGUAUGCUGCAUCCUUGGUGGACCUACCCUGCAUUAUUGAGGGCAUGAAAAGUUGGGAUCGUCGUGGUUGGUAUAAGUCAGCGGAUAUUUGCCAAAUGUUGUUGAUACUUGGUCAGGUGAAGUCUGAGCAGGAAGCGCUAGAGUAUCCUCUCCCCGCUGAGAUCGAGCAGCCAGAUGAUAAAACACUACACUAUCCACAUGGUGUUGCGCCACCAUUAAAAUGGGUCCGCAAGCGUCGAUUCCGUGAUCGUGUCAGCUCUCGCACUAUUGAGCAAGUUGAGAGGGCCGUGGACGAACUGAUUGCGCAGGAUGAGACUUCGGUUUUCCCACCCCGAUUCGAGUUGGUCGAUAGCGCAUCGCUAAAUCGCGCGGAAGAAUUCGUCGAAGAGGAUGAAUUUGAAUACUAUGAUGAGGAACAGGAUGCAGAAGGAGAGGCCGAUGAUUAUAUGGGUGACUUUGAUGAUGACCUUGCCGCUGAGAUGGAAGCAGCUUUGGCUGGUGAAGAUGAUGCAACUGCUAUGCCUGGAGAUGCCGACCAAGCAGAGACACCCUCGGCCAAUCCACAAACAACACUCGAUGGACCGCCUGAAGCAGACUUCUCGGAUGAAGACGAGUCUGAGGAAGGUGGCGAUGAUGCUGCUGAUGAUGACGACGACGAGGACGACUUGGACGAUGAUCAAAUAGAACAGCAGCAGCAGCAGCAACAGUCGCGUGAAGAAAUCGCUGAAUUAGAGGCGCUCAUUCGUACCGAAACCGCGCAGUGGGAGCGAGUACAGAACUUGAUUCUACGAAACAAGAUGGGCCGACGUAUCCAAGAAUUGAAGAAAGAUCUACAAUUGAAGAAGGUAUCGGCUGGGUUGAGCGACGACGCCGAUAUUUGA